AUGGCCGAGCCAGACCUCUUCUACAUGAGCGGCGAAGUGCGCACCUUCAUCAACAACAUAUGGCCAUCCCAAGCUCCCAAGUCGGACCUCGAUCUGGAACACUUCCUUCGUCGCCUGCUGAAGUUCGAGGAGAACGACCUCCCAGAAUCGACCAUCGAUCCCAAGGCGGCGUUGAAGUAUCCAGACCCGGAUGACAUCUCGCCAGCGCCAGCAUCACCACCAGCGCCGGCAUCACCACCAGCGCCAUCAUCACCACCAGCGCCAGCGCAGCCCCCAGCCAAGCCCUCAUCAGAAGCAUCCUCAAAGCCAUCUGGGCCGCCCAAGUCAUCGGGCCAGUCCCAGAUCAAAGCUUGGUUCAAGCCAUCUGGUCAAUCUCAACUCGAUGCUUCCACCAAGCCGUCGAGCCCUGCUGCCCGGGCACCUCCGCAUUCGCAGCUAUUGCCGGUUCCUGAUGUGCUGCUCCCAAAGCUUUCCCGACUACCGAAGCCAGCCGGUCCACCACCGAAUGAUCGAGAGGAAUACAAUUCUCCACCUCAUCAGCAGCACCACGCCGGACCGGAGACAGCACCUGUCCCAGACCAACCUCACUACCCACCUGGCAGAUUUCCGGACACACCGGAGAAUGUCCCAUUCAAGUCUUCUUAUGGUCCUGGAGGCUUUCCCGUCUCAGCUGGUAGACCAGCUCGAACUUCUCCCGCCUCGACCGACGCCGAUCCAGCCACGCCUUCCCAUCCUCUUACGUCUGUCGCCUGGGCCAAUUUUCGACCUCGCGAUUUGAUCCCACCGCCGUCUCCAGCUGGCUCCGAAGAGACCUCGCCGAUGUUCUCACAUCGAGCACCGCACACUAGUUGUCGCCAACAGAACUUCACGCGCAUGCCAUUCGACCCAGCUCCAGUCUUCGACUUAGGAGCGAAUGCGUCUGGCCUAUCUCACCCAUCGGCUACACCACCGCGUGACGAGCAGCACACACAGAGCCGCGCUUACUCGCAGACCAACGCAGAGAUUGCACCUCGCCCAACUCGCCCAUACCAUCCUGCACGUUUCGAGCUCCACGACGACAUCGCCGGUGCGCCAGGCAUGCCGAGCCUUCGUCAUCUCGCCUCCGCCUUCGUCGACAUGGAUCUGAGCAGCAGCAAGAGCAAGGGCAAGGGCAAGGGCAGGAUGGAGUAA